AUGCCAACUACCUACAUGAAGGCCUGCGGUUACGAUGCUAUGGGACGGGCGAAGGUUGCGUCAAAGACCAGCUUACCGGAGUACAUCGCCACUCAGGCUCCCCUUACACACACGGAAGCCGACUUCCACUACAUGGUGCAUCAACAACGUUCCCCAGUGGUCCUCAUGCUCUGCAACACCUUCGAGGGAGGAAGCAACAAGUGUGGUCAGUACUGGCCUGACGCAGAAGGCUUUCCAGUGGUAAAAAGGAGUUUAACACGGACUGUCACAGUGACCCUGCAGCAAACGAUUCCGUCGGAUUUCAUGGUAACAAGGAUGCUGACGGUGCAACCGGAGGGAGAAUCAAAGCUGAUCUUUUCCACAGCAUAUGAUACUCGUUGUGUCUUUGUUUGGCCGUUUUGCAUGCUGCGUGUCGUUGCUGGUGUCGUGUUCUCCGUGGAUAUUGACGCAGCUCCAUUUUCUGGUCUGGGCUGA